AAACAACGUCUGCAUGUCAGUCUGAUACUUUCACUUUGCGCAGAUUCCGAGCUGCCCGUGUCUCGCUGUAGCUUUCCACCCAAAACUAUAACAAAAACACAACAUAAACUUUAAAGCCGCGUGUUAUGGGCUGUAAAAGGCGAAAAUUGGGCCGGUUCAACCUUCUUGCUUAAACACAAAGUUAAAUAAGAAAACGAACCGUAAACAACACGGUUAGCUAACUCCGAAGCAACAAUGUUCAGGCACCUACAGUAAGCUGCCGACGCUGAACUCCAGGACAACUGAGGUCUUUAGCAGACUACCUGCGUUGUCCAGCGGCUGCAGGAGACCUCACACUAUGGAACGGACUGCACUCAAACAGAGCCAGCUGUGUGGCUCCUGGGAGAUGAAGGAAAGACUUGGGACUGGAGGCUUUGGGCAUGUCUACCUGUACCAGCAUCUUGAGUUGGGAGAGAAGAUCGCUGUGAAACUUUGCCGCCUGGAGCUGAACUCCAAGAACAAAGACCGCUGGAGCAGAGAGAUUCAGAUCAUGAAGAAGCUGAAGCAUGUGAACGUUGUUCAGGCCAGAGAAGUUCCAGAAGAGUUGAGCUCGAUUGCUUUAAAUGACUUACCUCUGCUGGCUAUGGAGUACUGCUCAAGAGGAGACCUACGCAAGGUGUUGAAUAAACCAGAAAAUUGUUGUGGGCUAAAGGAGAGUGAAGUCCUCUCGCUGCUCAGUGACAUUGGUUCUGGUAUCCAGUAUCUCCAUGAAAAUAAGAUCAUUCACAGGGACCUAAAGCCAGAGAACAUAGUUCUGCAGGAGAUUAGUGGGAAGCUUGUCCAUAAAAUCAUAGAUCUGGGUUAUGCAAAAGACCUAGAUCAGGGCAGUCUCUGUACAUCCUUUGUCGGAACUCUCCAGUAUCUGGCUCCAGAGCUGUUUGAGAGUAAACCCUACACUGUAACUGUGGACUACUGGAGCUUUGGGACAGUGAUCUUUGAAUGCACUUGUGGCUUUCGCCCCUUUUUACACCACAUGCAGCCCGUUCAGUGGACAAGCAAAGUCAAGAACAAAGGUCCCAAAGACAUUAUGGCAGUAGAGGACAUGAAUGGAGAAGUCAGAUUCUCCACACAUCUCCCAUAUCCCAACAAUCUCAGCAGGCCACUGCUGGAACCAGUCGAGUCUCUUCUGCAGAUGCUGUUACUGUGGGACCCCGCGGCACGUGGUGGAGGGUUGGAUCCUGACACAAACAAGCUGUGCUGCUACACAGUUCUACAGAAUAUUCUCAACAUGAAGGUGAUUCAUGUUUUGGACAUGACGUCAGCCCAGCUGCACUCGUUGGUUUUGGGUGCUGAGGAGAGCUUACACUCCCUGCAGCUUCGUCUGGAGACACACACUCAGACACACAUCUCCCCACUGAGUCAAGAGCUGCUGCUGGAGACGGGAAUCUCCCUCGACCCACGCAGACCGCCUGCACACUGUCUGCCAGAUGGAUUGCGAGGCUGGGACAGCUCCAUUGUCUUCCUGUUCGAUAAGAGCCUGACCAAGUACUCUGGACCGCUGACUGCCAGACCUCUGCCAGACAGUGUCAACUUUAUAGUGAGGGAGACUAAGACACAGCUCCCACUGUCUGCACUGAGAAAGGUGUGGGAAGCAGUCAGCUACAUCUGCGGACUGAAAGAGGACUACAUUCGCCUGUACCAGGGACAGAGGGCUGCCAUGUUGAGUCUGCUGCGUUACAACACCAACUUAACACGGUACAAGAACAUGCUGUUCUCCCAGUCGCAGCAGCUCCAAGCCAAACUGGCUUUUUUUAAGACCAGCAUCCAGCACGACCUUGAGCAAUACACCAAGCAGAGAAACACCGGCAUCUCUUCCGAAAAAUUGCUGAAGACCUGGCAGGAAAAUGAAGAGAAGGCUGAUGGGUAUACGAAGGUUGCAGAUUUGGGGUAUCUGGAUGAAGAGAUAGUGGCUCUACAUUCUGAGAUUGUGGAGUUGCAGAGGAGUCCAUUUGCGAGGAGACAGGGUGAUGUUAUGGAGCAGCUUGAGGAAAAGGCUAUUGAACUCUACAAGCAACUGAAAGCUAAAUGCAAAAGUCCUGACCCUCCACAUGGCUACAGUGACAGCUCAGACAUGGUGAAAACCAUUCUUCAAACAGUUCAGAACCAGGACAGAGUGCUGAAAGAUAUGUACACUCACCUGAGUACAAUUCUGGUGUGUAAGCGGCGCAUCCUUGAUUUGUUCCCUAAGUUGGAAAGGGCGGUAGAAAACAUAAAAACUGCAGAGGGAGCAGUGAUUCAGAUGCAAAUGAAGAGGCAGAAAGAGUUCUGGUACCUCCUUAAGAUUGCCUGUGCCCAGAGCAAUUCUCCAUCACUUAUGCAACGACCCACUGACAGUGAAACUGUUCAUCGAUUACUGGACGAGAAUCAGCGUUAUCUGAGUCAGCUAACUUCUCUGCUGCAAGACGCCACCAAGGAGAUGGAGCACAGUGUCAUGGAGCAGGACUGGAGCUGGACUCAGUGCGGAGUGGUGACAACCCAACCUCAGAAGCUGUAGAAACUGACCAAAAACUCAGUGUUAUGAGUCAAAGAUAUAUACUGUAAACAAGUGCCUUUUCAGAGUUACACUAUCUGAAAGCUUUGUGAUUCCAUACUGUGUCUUUUACAAACAUGUGAUGCUGUGUGUGCUACAGUGUGUGAAACAGCAUGAUGUGGUAAGCUAUUCAUGUUUUAACUUAAAUGUAUAUUAUUGAAUUUUAAAAGCUAUUUCCAGCUGUAACCAAGACUUAUUUAUUUUACUGAUAAUGCUGCUGCUGACAAACUAUGCAUGAUGGAAUGUGAAUAAUUUUAUAAAUGGAUGGCACAUA